UGGGUGACAUGUCAUUCCUGUAAACUCUUGUGAAGAUGGUGCCGUUCUAGUUCCAGAUUCUGCUGCUGCCGCGAUGCCCUGUUUGGGUCAUCAUCUCUCUCGCUGGCCUUGAUGCCAUCGGAAACAACGAGCCACAAAUUUUGCAAGCUGGAGUCUAGUCCAUCUGGAGGAUGGGGAAUGUGAUGCGAGGUGUGAGUGCUGAGAACAAGGUCAACACCGAAAACCCUGAAACCUCUCUGAAGGGCACAGAAGACGAGGUGGUGGUGGUGCUCCAGGACUAUCCUGCUCCUGAAAUCAGCGAGCCGAUCUACAGAUUGGGAGAAAAGCUCAAAGUGGUUGCGCAGGAGGCUUAUUGGUGGAGAGUGCGCUCUAUCCAAACAGGGAAGGAGAACUACAUACCCGGCAGCCAUGUAGCACGAGUGUACCAUGGCUGGCUGUUUGAAGGUGUGGAGAGGCAGAAGGCGGAAGAACUGCUUCUUCUACCUGGCAACAGAGUGGGUUCUUUUCUGGUCCGAGAAAGUACCAGGGAGAGAGGUCUGUAUUCGCUCUCAGUGAGGCACAGGAGUGUAAAGCACUAUCGUAUCUUCAGACUUGACAACAGCUGGUACUACAUCUCCCCACGUCUCACUUUCCAAUGCCUUGAAGAUAUGAUCAAUCAUUAUUCUGAUUCUGCAGAUGGGUUAUGCUGUGUGCUGACCUCGCCCUGCCUGUCUGGCACAAUUCAGCCGCCAGAUGCAAGUCUUGGAGCUCCACCUGUAGUGAUGCGACGCAACUUUGACUGGAACAAAGUGGACAGGAAGCAGCUGGUCAGCACAGACGCCUGCAACGAAAACAUGGUGAGCUAUGGAGUCAGGAACAGCAUCGCUGCCUACCUGUCCUUUGCUGGCGAUCAAGACCCUUCACGGGUGAAAUCAGACAGCAGGAAGAAGAAAAGCAAAUCGCUGUAUGUGCUUCCUGAAAAUGGCCUUCCGAACACUGACUAUGACGAGGACUUCUAGAUGCAACAGAGAAGCUAAAAAGACCGGACUAUUUUUAAGUGGAGGCCAGUAGACGACUUCCUCUGAAACCUACUACCGAUUCCUCAGCCAGCAGAGAACAGCACUGAGCGGAAACUAUUACCCCAAAACAUCGAGGCGUUUCAUUGUUUCUACUUUGAGCACUUUGAAGUACUUUUAACAAUAACGCAAAUCGCAUGACCAAUUACACUUGUAAAGUAGUUGAACUGGAUGACGGUGCAAUUUAGAUGUGAAUACCCGAACGCAGGGCAGAAAAACAAAGCUUGGCAUUAUGGUGUGAUGAGUGAUGUGGGAUAGAUUCUAAUUAUAUGCAUAUGGCUUUUUGUGGCUUUCAAACUAUUUUAAGUUUUAUUACUAUGGUAAAAUGGUCAUAUUGAGACAUUGGCAAACUCAGAUCAUUUGAAUUUGGCGGCUAAAUUGAUGCACUGAAGAUAAAGAUCAUAUAAUGAGUGUGUCUCAACCAGUGACUUAUUCACACACAAAUAUAGGGGGAAUUGAGUGAAAUGUGGAUUCCUCUUAUAGUUGCCAUCCUACGAUUUGUCAUUCAAUAUUAAUUCUCACUAUGAGAUUCACUACACAAGCCAGUGUCGCAGUUAUCAACAACCAACCUCUAAUUAAUGGCUAUCAUCGUGGUGUGACCCACCGAUCAAGAGAGUGAGACCAUGUGUAUAGACAGAGGUUGUAAAAAUAUAAUCCGCUUUAGUAAUUUGAGUGAGCUGGCCCUUUAAAUAUCCCCAGAGGGUGGAAAAUAAUCACUUCUGUGAAGCACGAUAAGGCUCCAAAUGGUUUAUCAAUAAUAUAUGCUGUGUGGGUUGUUCACAAAAUAGUUUUUUUUUUUUCCUUCUUCUUGUAAUUUUUUGUAGUUUAUUAAUGUUUCCUAAACACUGAAAUGUAUGUUCCUGUGUAAUAAUUUAUCUAACUUGAGCAACUCGGGUUACAAAUAUCGUCACCGGGCUUGGUAACAAUAUUUUAGUGUUACUAGUGCAACAGGAUCGUGUAAAUACUGUAUAUAAUUAAUAUGUACCAGUUAUCAUGUUUCAUGUAUCAAUCAAUUACAGGAAUGGCUGUUAUGGUAAUAGUCUGAUGCUUUUUUGCCUUACGUUUUAUUUAAUGUUUCAUGGGAAUAAAGACCAGUCAACUGCAAUACUAA